AUGCCUCCAAAGAAAGCGCCUCCUAAGAAAGGAGGGGAAAAGGAGGAGGCACCGAAAAAAGAAGCUAAAGGAGGCACAGCAGUGAAAGUUCGACAUAUUCUAUGCGAAAAGCAGAGCAAAGCUUUGGAAGCCAUAGAGAAGUUGAAAUCUGGCAUGAAAUUCCAUGAAGUCGCUGCUCAGUACAGUGAGGACAAGGCACGAUCUGGUGGCGAUCUUGGCUGGAUGACUCGUGGUUCUAUGGUGGGCCCGUUUCAAGACGCCGCUUUCGAUCUACCGAAGAGCACCUGUGACAAGCCCAUCUACACCGACCCACCUAUUAAAACUAAGUUUGGUUAUCACGUGAUAAUGGUUGAGGGGAAGAAAUGA